AUGACCAAACUCCAGCUACUGAACGCCUACCUUACGGAGCGGCUGACGGUGGUGGUGAAGGAGAUCCUGGACGUGGUGGAGGACACAGUGACCGAGUACCGGGAGGAGACCGCCAGGACCAAGCGCGAGAACGAGAACCUGCGGAGGCAGCUGCGGGACAUCCUGCUGCUGGAGACCGAGACGGAGUGGCUGAGGUCGACCAGAUCCACUCUUGGUUUUGCGUCUCCAGAGCAGCAGUCCCAUGAACCAGAACUGAGGCCCCGCUCAGAGGAACCAGACUCCACCCUGAACCAGCUAAGACAGCCAGCAGCUAACACAGCCAAGCCAACUCAUGAGCAGGUUGUUUCUGUGCAGCUACUGUCGGUCCGCGGUGAGACAUCCCCGGGGCCUGUGCUUCCGCCAGGGGACAAGAAGCCUGCUGAUCCCUGGGAGCCAGUACUAAAAGUGGACCCUCAGAAAGAGGUGUUUGGGAAAGCUUCACCUCUUCCUUCUCACUCCUCCUUGAAUCCUCCCUCCGCAUCGGGCCCUAAGGUCCACAUUGAAAUUCCUGCACUCAGAGAGGAACCCCGGGCCCCAGCUCCUGCUCUGAUCAAAAGUGAACCCGAGGAAUACAAAGUAAGUGAACCUGAAGCUCACACAAAUUCUCCGACAGCGACUCAGGUCACACAGGAACAGUCAGCUGUCAGAAAUAGGACGGUGGUGGUACGUGCCCACCGACAUGAAGCUCAUCAAAACAAAAAGUCCUGUCAGGAGGAGGUCGCAGCUGAUGAUGUCACAGCCGCUGGUUACGUCCCCGAGCUCGUCCAUCGCUGCCCCCGCUGUGGAGAGGCAUUCGGCCAGGCCAGCAGCCUCCGCCUCCACCUGGAGCAGAAAAGAAAAACCUACGCCUGCGACUGGUGCUGCAAAUCCUUCGCGCAGUCUGCAGACUUGCGCCGUCACCUGCGCACACACACGGGCGAGAGGCCGCACCGGUGCACGUUCUGCUCCAAAAGUUUCAGCCAGAGAGGAAACCUGCGACGACACCUGCGCAUCCACACGGGGGAGCGGCCGUACAGCUGCCCGUACUGCUGCCGCACCUUCAGCGACGGAGACACCAUGAAGAAACACAAGCGCACACAUUCAGGAGAGAAACCAUACCGCUGUGUCCAAUGCUCCAAGACCUUUACCAGCGCCAGCGGACUACAGAUACACUUAAAGAAGGACAUGUGCUUUGUGGCCAAUGCCUGAAUGGUCAGAGAGAGUAAGAGGCUGCGAAAGGUUCACAUAAAGACACACCACACAGCGUAAAUUCUUCUCCUAAUGACAGGAUGUGAGCAUUACAAGCCAGUGGGCUUCCAAAUAUACACCACAGAAUUAGAAUCUGUGUGUGGCGGUAGCUGACGUCAUGUUAUCUUGUUCAUGUGUCCCUAUCUUAUCAUUCUGCCUCUUUUAAUUUGGACACUUUUUCAGGUCUGAACGCAGUGUAGGCGUAACACGUCAUGAGUUUUGUUUUUUUUUUCUUAACAGUAUUUUAAGGAUUUUAUUGCCACUUUUACACAGAGAUGCCUCUAUAGGGCUGCAAUGAAGUCCCCCUUUUAUACCGCCCCUGCACUUUUACACAGAAUGAACCGUCAGCAGCAUCAGUCCACUCCUAUGUAUGAUGAUAUGCAUCGCAGCAUCUCACAAUCAAAGGAGGCAUGAGGGGUGUGACAUUUAACACACAAGUGGCUGCCUGUAGCAUGACAUAAAACAAAGGCAUGGCACUUUAAUCACAAUCAUUACCCUCUCUGUGUCUCCCGCAGUGGGUUGCACACAUUAACAUGCUGUCAAAACUCGGGCCGCACAUGGUCAUGUCUUUCUGUCUUUACAUUUUACACAGGCCUCAUUACGGCACUGUUACUUCCUUUGUUCCUGGUUCAGAGGUGAAAUCACUCUGUUCCCCCUUUACAGGAUCAGACAUUAUAUACAGAACAGCGAGGCGGGAUAAUGGCGCAAUAUUCCUGCCUUGAACAGGCAGUGUAAAUGGGGCUUAAGUGGAGGUGGAUAGUUGACAUGUCGAUCCUGCAACAGUGGAGUUGCAGGGUUGAUACUUGAUCCAUCAGUCUAGCCAGAUCGACAGGUGAGAGGAGCAGCUGCUGCAGAGGCCAGUGAAAGAAAAUUUUUAGACCAAGCGCAGUAAACAUUUAAGUUUCACUUUCACUGCAUCUAACGUUUGUGCCCAGAGUACGCUCUGCACUCUGAGAUUAUGGUGCAAUGAAUAUGCAAACUGUAUAUAUAUAUAUAUAUAUUCCAAUAUGUAUACUCUUAAUGAGCAGUCUAGGUCCAGAAAUAUAAAAUCAAUAUAUGGCGGCAGAUCUUUUAAUCGUUGCAGGCCACCACAAAUACAUGAAUGGUGUGGGGAGCCCUGCAGCUUUUAUUUGAAUACACAGUUUCUUUCCCAAUUAAGAGUAUUGCAGCAUUAUAAACACAUUUGACAAAAGAAUGUUAAAAAAACAUAAUGACAGAGAAAAUGAUUCUAUUCUAUGAGUUUAGUAGAUCAGUAGAGAAUUAUAUUAUUACACUUGUCAGUGCAUAAUGUUAAAAUAUAAAAGUUAAUCUGCUUAAGACAGACUGCAACCACAGCAACCUGCCACAGCUACAUAUAAUAGGCUUAAGUACUUCAACAUGGUCGUAAACCAAUGUGAACCAGUGGAUAUUACUGUAAAAUUAAAUUCAUUAAUACACUUUUAACACAUUUAGAUUAUAGAUUAUCUAUAAAGAUGGACAAGGUGUCUCCACCUCCUCCCACUCUACAAAAAUGAAGCCAGCCGACCAAUUAUGAGCCCACCAGUUGGCACACAUACUGUAGCUGUCAAUCAUGAUGUCAACCCCCUUUUUUGACAUUAAAUAACUCAUUAAAAUUGAACUAAUAAGAAAAACGAUCACUUCAACAAACAUGAGUGAUAAGAACUAUAUUAAAUGACAUAAACCAACUUUGGGAAAAAUGUAUUUGACAUGUACUUAGAUUUUUUUUUUUUUUUUUGGGCCCAUGGCACAUCCUCUUACAUGGAGGGGCGGGGUUUAUGAGGUAUACUGCAGCCAGCCACCAGAGGGUGAUCAAACUGUUUUGGCAUCACUUCUGGUGAGCUGUCAUGUUGUCCAUUUUUAUAUACAGUUAAUAGUUGAGAUGCAAUAAUUUUGUGUAUUUAGAUCUUGAUAUAACACACAAGCAACAACAUGUGUGUCGCCCGCUGGCUUGUGAUGCUACAGCACCAAUCACCUCUCGAACCAUAACACGCAGCCACUUAGGAAAACUAAUUGACAUUCCCGCUGAUUUUUCGUCUCUGUUGUCUCUUGCUGAGAGCCUCUAAUGCACUUUUGACAGGAUGCAGUUUUUAGGCAGCUACGAGGUCGCACUGACAUCAUACAUGCCUUCAUAUUUAUUUAUUUAUUAUUUCUUUCAUUGUACUCUCGAGCAAAUAUGUGAUAGACAGCUGAACUCGUCUGCCCUUCACACGCACGACGACAGUCUGCAGAGCAUCCAUCACAGCGUGUUCUGUCUUCACUCUGCUGUGUUUGUGAGAGUGAAAACAUGCAGUCGGCUGUGUGACAGAUUAUGUAACCGAAGGACUGAAGAAGACUUUGUGUUAUAAAUGAGACUUUCCUGCUUCAGAGCAGACUGGUUUCUGCAAUACUAAAAAUAGAAUAAUAUAUUAUUUAUUUUUUCUUUAUUUUUAAUCAGUGUUAGAAGGCUUGGACUUGAUCUCCCGCCUUAGAAGAUUCAUGUUUCCUCUGUUAGCAGACUGAAACAGUUACAGUGUGAAUGUGAGUAGAUCUUUUCUGUGUGAUAAUCAGUAUUUUGUAUUGAUGUGAAACAUCUUGUUUUUUAGACAAAAUAAAUGUUCAGUGAAACUGU